AUGUCAUGGACUCAUAUGUACCUCUCCUCGCACCGAACGAGAUUGCUUUCUUUUCCUCUUGUCCCUUUCGAUCCUCUCCCUCCCUCCCCAAGGAAGGCCGGCGGCGCCAUGGUCGAGACGGCGUGGGAGCUCGCCGAGCUAUUCGUCCUCCGCCCCGUCCUCGCCAUCUCCUUCGCCCUCUCAUUCAUCCUCCUGAGCUGGUACGUCGCGUGGAGGACGGUGCUGGUGCACGUCCCGCUCGUGCAGGAGGUCGCCGGCCUGCGCCCGAAGAAGAAGCCCGCCAAGCCCAAGCCCCCCAACCGCGGCCGCAUCGGCAGGUUCUACCAGUCGCAGGCAGAAGCGCAGAGGGACACUAAAUUGGAAGGGACCUCUUAAGGAAUAAUCUUUGGGACUUUGAAGGAAGCCCUCAUCUCAUUCCAAUUCAGAAUGUUGUACAUCCAAUAUAUUGACAGAUUUUCUCUUUUAGGAGCAGAUGUCCACACACUUAUUUAGCUUGCAAACCCCAGAUACACAAUAAUGUAUCCACUGUAUAUUGCCCCUGUGUAAAGAUGCACAAUAAUGUAUCCACUGUAUAUUGCCCCUGUGUAAAAGUUAAGGAUGUUGUAAUAAGAUUGUACAUGCAUGUACUAGAAUAAAGACAGCACA